ACCCUAAUUUCUCAUUUCUCAUUUCUCAAAACGACGAGUAAUAACUGUAAACGGCAUAUUCAUUGUUCCUCUGCUCAGGUUCUGCAAAAUCGUUCUCUCUCAAUUCAAUCUCGCCUAAAAAGUUCUAGCCGGAGAGGGACACUUCCAAAUCCCAGAAAUUCAUUUUCUUAUCGAUCUCAAACUGUUCACUCAAGUUUUUUCUGGUCAGGUUCUGGGCAAGUUCUCUAGUCUGAGGCCGGAGCCUGUCUAAACAUUUUGCAGGAAUUUGCUACUGUAUCAACCUCCGUAACAAAAAAUCUAGAUCUGAGCAUCUACAUGGUUCUGAGUUCGGGUUUGGAUGGAGAAUAACCAAAUGAUUGGAAUUGAAGAGUGAAUGUUUCUAAGCUUGAUGAUGCUUUGUGAGAAUUUGGGUUUCUAAAACUCGAUCACUUCUCUGAAGGACGAGCUCUCCGGCUUCAAUUGCUUAGAUUUUAAGUGUUUUAUAGGGAUGAGCUGUGUGGCUACGAUUCAAGUAUAAGAAUCUGGGUUGAUUCCUAUAGGAAAUUUUCUUUCUCAAGUUUCCGGAGGAUCAGGUGUCUUGAGAACUCGCCGUCAUGUUCUAUGGUGCGGUGGUCUGGGACCCUUGGCUUAUUGUCGCUCAAAUUGUCUGUCUUCAAUGUUUAUAUUAUAUCACUCUUGGAGUGUUCCUAUCGAUACUUGUCGGGACUCGCGUAUCUCGGUUAAGCCUCGUAUAUUUCUUUGAUUAUGUGACCAUCACUACCUCUACCGUUACUGGUUGGUGUGUUAUUGCCUCAUUUCUGCUCAGCUCUUUUGCAGGGUCUGUAUAUAUGCUUUAUUUAAUUGAAAGGGCAAAGAAAUGCUUGGAUUUUUCAGCCACCCUCUACAUCAUCCAUCUUUUUAUAUGCAUUGUGUAUGGAGGUUGGCCAUCUUCAAUCACUUGGUGGAUUGUGAAUGGUACUGGAAUUGCUGUGAUGGCAUUACUGGGUGAAUACCUGUGUAUCAAACGUGAGCUCCGGGAGAUACCAAUUACACGAUUACGUUCAACAUCAGGUUUGGAUAGGGUUGUGGCUAGACAAACCCCAAUAACCCAGGUCAGAAUAUCUUGACCCUACACAGCCCAAUCAUGAUUAUGCUUCUUCAGAUUGGGUCUCUCAGAUGUUUGAUUGGCAGUGAGUUGAAGUCAAGAAUUGUUGUGUUCGGGAAUCAUAUCAGCACGUGUUUCUAUGCUUCGAAAUUCAAAUUUGGAUGAUCUUCAAGAUAGAGCCCAUGAAUUGAAUGAUUAUUCAUGCUACUGGAGGAUUUAUUCUCUCUAAUAUAUUGUUCCUUAGUUUCUUAGAAAUCCAAACAUAGAUUAUCCCGCUAGACUAGUACAUCAUUUUUGAAGAAACCCUGAAAACUUUAAUGGAAGUAAUUCUUUUUCUCCUUAUUUUUAUUUUUCUUUUCUGUUGUGAGUUUGCUGAUCUGUUUAAGAUCUUAAAAGCAUGUCAUAAUUAUGUUCACUGACAUUCAAUGGGGUUGUUAAAUAUAAUAGAUCUCUGCGAUUACCUUUUUUCUCCUUCAAA